AUGCGCUCCGCUGUUCUUAGCGGAGGCUUCUCCUCCUCCUCUGCUCUGCGGCCAUUCACACACGCCAACAGCAACCUCUCACGACAAUUGUAUCAUGCGAUCCCCCAGGCCCGCACGGCUAGUACAGCUACGACCAGCGCUGCCACACGCACACUGAAGACAACGGUGACUCGCCCGCAGAAACCCGUGCCUUCGUUCUCGGUCCCCCGUCGCGCAAAGUCUAACAAAGCAUCAUCGCCUGCACCCUCCGGGCAGCUCGUUCGGCUGGACUGGGACUCAUUCUUCAAGCUCCGUGCUAGCCGCCGUCGCUACACGCUGGCCUCGUCGAUCGUGACCUCGGCGCUCACAACGCUGGUGGGGGUGCAGGUGCUCUCGACACAGGACUUGGAGGCUCUGGGCGCUCAGGUCAUGGGGCUCGAUCCGUUUGUGGUGCUGGGUAUGGCGACUGCUGCGUGCAGUGCUGCUGGAUGGCUCGCUGGGCCUUUCGUUGGCAAUGCCGUUUGGGGGUUGAUCUAUCGGCGAUACAAGCCUUCCCUCUUGGUGAAAGAGAAGGAAUUCUUCGAUCGCAUUCGCCGUUUCCGCGUCGACCCUUCGUCCAACUCCAUCGCUAACCCUGUUCCCGACUACUACGGUGAAAAGAUCGGCAGUGUUCAGGGCUACCGACAGUGGCUGAAGGAUCAGAGGGCGUACAACCGCAAGAGACGUCAUUUCAUUGCCUAA